UGUGCGUUUACAGUGGGGGCGUGGCCCAGCCUGGGCUUAGCCGGACUGCGCGGCUGGACGCCGGCGCCAUGGAGGAGUACGCUCGGGAGCCCUGCCCAUGGCGAAUUGUGGAUGAUUGCGGUGGAGCCUUCACUAUGGGUGUCAUCGGUGGUGGAGUCUUCCAGGCCAUCAAGGGCUUCCGCAAUGCCCCUGUCGGAAUUCGGCACCGAUUGAGAGGUAGUGCCAAUGCUGUGAGGAUCCGAGCCCCUCAGAUUGGAGGUAGCUUCGCAGUGUGGGGGGGCCUAUUCUCCACCAUCGACUGUGGUCUGGUGCGGCUUCGGGGCAAGGAGGAUCCCUGGAACUCCAUCACUAGUGGAGCGUUGACUGGGGCUGUGCUAGCUGCCCGCAGUGGCCCAUUGGCCAUGGUGGGCUCAGCAAUGAUGGGGGGCAUCCUGUUGGCCCUCAUCGAGGGUGUUGGCAUCCUCCUCACUCGCUACACUGCCCAGCAGUUCCGCAACGCACCCCCGUUCCUGGAGGACCCCAACCAGCUGCCCUCUAAGGAGAGUACCCCAGCCUCAGGCUAUCCCAGCUACCACUGAGGAAGUGACCGCCUGUCAUCACCAUCGUGGGAGCUCCUCCUUGGUUCCCUCCCCGAUGAUCUACCUCGAAGGGAGGGCUGGCUCCCAGUUGGCCCUGGGACCCUCCAGAGAGGGCCUCUACUCUCUGUUCCCUUGUCCCAGGGUGGGGGUGGGGCACCCAAGCUGCCCUGAUGAAUGGGUCCUCUUCUCUCAGGGCACCCCAGUCCCAUACUCACAUGUAACAAGCUCUCACCCUAGCCCCUUCCCAUAUCGCCCUGAUGAGUAUUUAAAGCCAGUUUUGAAAUGCCUA